CUUUUUAAAUCCCUCCAGUGCCUUUUCCUUCUGUCUCAAAAAGCUAAGUGAUUUAGCUCAAACUUCCUAUCAAUUCAUUGUUCAGGAACCCUAAAAAUGUUCAGGAACCAGUACGACACGGACGUUACUACAUGGAGCCCUGCUGGGCGAUUAUUUCAGGUGGAGUACGCGAUGGAGGCGGUCAAGCAAGGCUCCGCUGCAAUAGGCCUCCGAUCCAAGACUCACGUCGUCUUGGGAUGUGUCAACAAGGCUAACUCCGAGCUCUCAUCUCACCAAAAGAAAAUCUUUAAGGUUGAUGAUCACAUCGGCGUUGCAAUCGCCGGUUUAACCGCCGACGGUCGUGUUCUCUCUCGCUACAUGCGAUCCGAGUGUAUUAACUACGGUUUCACUUACGAAUCUCCGCUCCCAGUGGGACGCCUCGUUGUCCAGCUGGCUGACAAGGCUCAGGUCUGUACCCAACGCUCCUGGAAACGGCCAUAUGGUGUUGGCCUUCUGGUAGGCGGCUUGGAUGAGUCUGGAGCCCACCUUUACUACAACUGUCCAAGUGGGAACUACUUUGAAUAUCAGGCAUUUGCCAUUGGGUCCCGCUCUCAAGCUGCCAAGACAUACAUGGAACGGAGGUUUCAGAACUUUAUGGACUCUUCAAGGGAAGAUUUGAUCAAGGAUGCUCUCAUGGCAAUUAGAGAAACCUUGCAAGGAGAAACAUUAAAGAGCUCUAUUUGCACAAUUGCUGUGGUUGGAGUUGGGGAGCCAUUCCAUAUUUUGGAUCAGGAAACUGUACAAAAGUUGAUUGAUACAUUUGAGAUUGCUGGAAGGGAUGAGGAUCCUGCUGGAGCUCCAGAGACUGCUGCAGAAGAAGGUGGUGCUGCAGCUGACCAGGGUGCUACCGCAGAUCAGGGUGUGGCUCCAAUGGACAUUUGAGGGAGCAAGAAUCAGAAGCUGCAUUUCUGUCGUUGUUUUUAGAUGAGGUUUUUAAGCAUGUGUUUGCCAAGUUAGGUGGAUUAUGGAUGGCACCAUGAAAGACAUCAUUUGGUUGGAGUUUUAAUUUUCUUAUUUUCUCUCGCAUGAUGCUAUUUAUCUUACCUCAUUUAAAACAUUUUAAUGCUAGUCUUCAGUGAAGUUCAUACACCUUAAGCUAAUACUCAAGCUACUCUUUGAACA